GGGGUACUUAAAUAGAGAUAAAAUCGUCACGUAAUGCUUGAAUGGUCCCAAUUAUCACUAAAAAUUGCACCAAAACCUCGAAAUCGAUGCGAAAACGACUGAAAAAACAAAACAAAAAACAAAUCUCAAGACAUUUGGACACCACUCGAGUGGACACACAUUAAUGGCCGAAUCGGUGGCGCCGUUUGGGCGACAACUUCAGCAGUUGGCGGCCCUUCAGGACGGCUCACAUCUGAUCCAAUUGCGGCAAUGGAUGACAGAGUCGGCCAACGUUUACGCCGACGUCCUCUCACUGGCCGAUCACCUGUUGGUCAACAAUCCGAAGCUGUCGGGCAUUAAGUCAUCGCUUCCCUACGUAGUCGUCGAACAGUUCCAGCAGUUCGUGAAGAACUCGCCCAACGGUUCCCAACUGGCGGCUCAACUCUUGACCAAAAGCGUACGCAAACGGGCGCUGAGUUUCGCGCUGAAGAGGAAUAACAAGACGUGGCUCGACAUCAUCGCCGAUGUCUACCACUUGACGACACUCGAGGUGACGGAUCUGCUCGAUAUUAUACAACACCUGUUGUCCGACAAUAAGUUCUUCGAGGCCUCGCUUCUGGUCAUUAAGUGUGAACUGAGAGAUCACUUCGAUAUCAAAGACCUGUUGGUUCCGCUUCUGCUGCAGGAUAAGCUAACAGUAGUGGACGACUACAUCCGCGGCCACGAGAAGACACACGGCUUUGAAUUCAUAAAGUUUUUGGACAAAUGUUUCGCCGACCGGAGUGUCGGCGACCCGUUUGCCGACCGCAUCCCCGGCGCCCGCAGAGACAAACUCGAGCCCAAAGCGCUGGAAAAACUGGUCACUCGUCUGCUUAAACAGCACGGCAUCGAUGAGACCGCCUGUCCUCACAUCGUUGCCCAACGAAAUGUUAGACAACUUAGAUAUCUUCUCUAUAAGAGAUACCGCGAAAGUGGCUUUUCCGACGGCUCGUGGUCUGAGAUUAUCAUCAAUACGGUCGCAGACAAUAAGCCGCUUCAAGAAGAGCUUAUCUAUCAGAUUGUGGGUUUUAGGGACCCAAACGAGGCGUUCAAAUGGGCUGAACAUUACAAUAUACCCGUCGAUCGACGGCCGUAUGAAAUACAAAAUAUGAUUGAAUGCCCGAAAACAUCACAAAAUAAUAGCGGGCAAAACGACUCAUGGGAUGGCGGGUGGGGUAAUGAGGAGGAGGUGGUGGUGGCCGACAAUUACCACACAUUGAAACUGUCACUACUCGACGACAUCGUAUGGGUUAACAGUGAGUCGAAAUUUGAGUCAACCAUCAAACGGAUCAUUGAAAGCUGUGAUGUGAUCGGUAUUGACGGCGAAUGGCCGCCAGUUCUCGGCUCGAGCUCUGGCCAAAAGUUAUCAAUACUGCAGAUCUCGACCCGCGAUUCGUGUCAUAUCAUAGAUGUACUGAAAUUAAGUCAAUCAACAAAACAGUGGAAUCUGUUUACGGAACAGAUCCUCAACUCGAAUACCAUAUUAAAAAUCGGUUUCGGUAUUCAUAACGACAUAACGGUUAUCAAAGAGUCGGUGACAGUGGGCGUAGAGUUUAAGCCGAAGAAUGUGUUGGAUUUGGCAAAGUUUGUUGAAUAUAUUUUGGGCGAAUACCCGGAUCUGAUCGCCGAUUCGGUCCUAACAGACGCCCGAACGCGUGACUUAAAGGGAUUGACCAAAACUGUGUUCAUACUAUUGGGCAAAGCGUUGAACAAAUCGGAACAGUUUUCCGACUGGAAUCGGCGCCCAUUACGCGAGGAUCAGGUGAAGUACGCGGCGCUGGACUCGUACUGUUUGAUCGAAGCGUUUGAUAAAUUGCAUCAAUUGUUUACCGAAAGGAACUAUAAUUUUAGCGAAUUUGUCACUAAUUUUGUUUCGGGAAAACUUCAUAAAACCCACAAACAGAGUGUCGACGACCAGAACGAUAGUCAGCCGGACAUCAAUUACCCGGAGAUGAAUGUCAAACAGUUUCGCUGCGUUUGCGAUACUAUGCUUCAGGGUUUGGGCCGUUAUCUGCGAAUAUGCGGCGCCGACAUAGAGAUACUGGAGAGCACUGACACUCACGAUAAGGCCGCCCGCAUAGCCAUGGAUCAGAAGCGAGUGCUACUGACGUGCGGCGCUCCCUAUCAGUACUACAAGAGCCGACUGUCGGCCGGCAUGUGUUACAGAGUGUGUAACAACGCCUCGGCCUUCGAGCAAAUGGAAAUGGUUUUGAUUCGCUUCAACAUCAAAGUCAACGUCGAAGAC